CGGAAGGGAUCUGAGGGCUGCCGACCUGUCAGCAACUCAGCGUCUCCAUCGGAGGUGAAGUGGCCUUGCUUGAAUGCUUGCUUGCUAUCAUUAGCCAUCGUUAGUCCUCGGAAAAAACAAGCCCUGCCCCGGAUCCUGCAUCUCCUCUUUUGGCUCGCGCUCGCUUAGUCUCGCUUCUUCUUCUCCUCUCUUCCUUCGUCUUAUUCCUCUUAUUCUUACUCCUCUCUCUUCCUCCUCUCUCUUCUUCUUCUUCUCUUCAUCUCUCAACACACAACAUGGCAUCAUGAUCACCGGCGCUACCGCCUCCCCCGGCAAUGGAGUCGUUGGGCCCUACACCGGCCACAGCCUGGCCCUCCGCAUCGUCAUCGCCACUUUCGCCGCCCUCUCGUGGUACAAUGCUAUUGAGCUGAUCAUCCUCGUCUUUGUCACCUUUUCUCAAUACCGCGGGCCCUACUUUUGGUCGCUGCUGAUCUCCUCCCUGGGAUUAAUUCCCUACUCCGCGGGCUUUCUGCUGAAAUACUUCGCUCUCACCUCGGCUACCGCUCUGUCCAUCACCCUCAUCACCAUCGGCUGGUAUGCCAUGGUUACAGGGCAAUCGGUGGUGCUCUACUCGCGCCUGCACCUUGUCCUCCCCAACCCGCGCGUCCUCCGCCGCGUCUUAACCAUGAUCAUCGUCGACGCGGUGCUCCUGCACAUUCCCACCUCGGUCCUAACCUAUGGCUCCAACCUGGCUCCAAACAACUCCGUCUUCAUCCACGGCUACAACAUCAUGGAAAAGAUCCAAAUGACCAUCUUCUGCCUGCAGGAAUUCAUCCUCUCCGUCCUCUACAUCUGGGAAACCAUCCGCAUGCUCCGUCUGGACCCCGACCGCGGCAAGCGCAAAAUCAUGUACCAACUGGUGGCCAUCAACCUGAUCAUCAUCUCUCUGGAUCUGGCCCUCCUCGUUAUCGAAUACCGCGACCUGUACAUCAUGGAAACCAUGAUCAAGCCCGUCAUCUACAGCAUCAAACUCAAGCUCGAAUUCGCCGUGCUGGGCAAACUGGUCCUCCUCGUCCGCAGCGGCAGCCACCUCCCCAACUGGAAACCCGACACCCCGAUCUACUACCAUCGUCCCUCCCGUCGCGAAGACUUCCCUGAUUUCGUCGACGCCACGCGCGUCACCUCGGAUUUGACCCACGCCGUGGCCCCGCCUGCCGCGCGACGGCGCGAACAUCCCCGCAUGGACUCGGAGGAUGUCUCCAUCGCCAUGUUCGAGCACUCGGUGGAGAGUCCCCGGGUGAGCACGGGGCAAAGUCGAAGUGGUCGGGACCCGCCAACGGGCCACUCGGACAUUUCGCAGUCGUGGAGUGGGGAGACGCAGACGAAUAACUCGGCGGGGGACCGCGAAUUGAGUCCGAUGGAUUUUACGGAUUCGAUUCAGAAACAGAAGAGUAUGCCGAGUAGUUUAUGAUUGAUGAUGAUUAUGAGGUCAUGUUUUUCUUGCUUGUAUAGUAUAGUCUUGGUGGUUCUGGUUGUUUGGUAGCGGAGAUACCCACACGUGGUUCCAUGGAACGGCGUAUUGAUUAGCUUGCAUUGCAUAUUUUACAAAUAAUAUGACAGUUAAUCCUAUCUAUUAUGUGC